AUGGAGAAGGUCCAACACAUAACCCGCUCUGCUCUAAGGAGAGCCUCAACUAUUGAGGUCAACCCACAAGCACGCCAAAGGCUCCAAGAGCUCUUUGUGAAUUUCUGCCUGAUUUUAAUUUGCCUCUUGCUGAUCUGUAUCAUUGUGAUGCUUCUCUGA